GCGUACGAUCUGUAAUGUAACGCAGAUUUUUGUAAAUAUAAAUUAACUUAAAAAUAUAAUUUCAAUCCCAGUCUUCACUUGUGAUCACUUGUUUCGGUUGUAUUUUAUUGAGUCUCGCAUUAAGUUUGAUAUUAACUUUCAUAUUGUUGUAUACAAUGGGUGUUAAUCGCAAUCCACAGAUUAAAUAUACUCAGGUAUUCAUAAACAACGAAUUCGUGAAUAGCGUGAGUGGGAAGACCUUUGAGACCGUAAACCCCGCGACCGGAGAUGUGAUCGCGAGAGUACAGGAGGGCGACAGACAUGACAUCGAUUUGGCCGUCAAAGCGGCCAGACUUGCAUUCAAACGGGGUUCGGUGUGGCGCACAAUGGACGCCUCGGAAAGGGGCCGACUACUGUUCAAGUUGGCCGAUUUGAUCGAGAGAGACACCGAGCAUUUGGCUUCAUUGGAGACACUGGACAACGGCAAACCAUACCUAAACUCGGUGGGUGACAUCCAGGGUACCCUGGGUCAGUUGCGGUAUUACGCCGGUUAUGCCGAUAAAGUGCACGGCAAAGUAAUUCCCGCAGACGGGCCUAACUUUGCCUACACCCGAGUCGAGCCGAUGGGAGUUUGCGGACAAAUUAUUGCCUGGAAUUUCCCGCUAUUCCUGUUAGCUGGCAAAUUAGGACCAGCUUUGGCUACCGGUAACACUCUGGUUGUUAAGCCCGCAGAGCAGACACCACUGACUGCUCUCUACAUCGCGGCACUUGUAAAAGAGGCCGGUUUUCCGCCCGGAGUGGUGAAUGUUGUGCCCGGUUAUGGGCACACAGCGGGUGCGGCACUCACUGAGCACAUGGAUGUGGACAAAAUAGCGUUCACGGGCUCGACAGAGGUGGGCAAACUCAUUCAAAUCGCCGCCGGGAAGUCUAAUAUGAAACGCGUGACUCUGGAAACGGGCGGUAAAUCGCCGCUCAUUAUCUUCGACGACGCGGACAUCGAUGAGGCCGUCGCCGUUGCCCACGAGACUGUGUUUUUAAAUCAGGGCCAGACAUGCUGUGCGUCCACUCGGCUCUACGUUCAGGACAGCAUAUAUGACAAGUUUGUCCAAAAAGCGGUAGAAUUGGCCAAAAAGCGAGUGGUGGGCGACCCAUACGAGUCGGCCACACAACACGGCCCGCAAAUCGAUGAAACACAGUUUGAUAAAGUGCUUGAACUCAUUGAGUCCGGCCGUAAAGAGGGCGCAAAACUGCUGGUCGGAGGCAAACGCUGGGGUACUAAGGGUUACUUCAUUGAGCCCACAGUUUUCGGCGAUGUGUCGGAAGACAUGCGGAUCGGAAAGGAGGAGAUCUUCGGACCCGUGCAGUCCAUCUUCAAGUUUAAGACACUCGAGGAAGUGGUCGAUCGGUGCAAUAAUACAAGCUAUGGUUUGGCUGCCGGUGCCUUCACUAAAGACAUUGAUCGGGCACUUGUGCUGACUGAAGCCCUGGAGGCCGGAUCCGUUUGGAUCAACACUUUUCUGGCCGUUAAGCCGCAGACACCGUUCGGUGGUUACAAACAGUCGGGUUUUGGCCGCGAGUUUGGCGAAGAGGGUCUUCACGAAUACGUUGAAGUGAAAACGAUAUUCAUAAACAACGAGUUCGUGAAUAGCGUGAGUGGGAAGACCUUUGAGACCGUAAACCCCGCGACCGGAGAUGUGAUCGCGAGAGUACAGGAGGGCGACAGACAUGACAUCGAUCUGGCCGUCAAAGCGGCCAGACUUGCAUUCAAACGGGGUUCGUUGUGGCGUACGAUCGACGCCUCGGAAAGGGGCCGACUAUUGCAUAAAUUGGCCGAUUUGUUUGAACGUGAUAUUGAGUACUUGGCCUCAUUGGAGACACUGGACAACGGCAAGCCAUACCUGUGCGCGAUGGGUGACGUGAAGAGUGGUGUGGGGCAAUUACGGUAUCACGCCGGUUGGGCCGACAAAGUGCACGGCAAAGUAAUUCCCGCAGACGGACCCAACUUCGCCUACACCCGAGUCGAGCCGAUGGGAGUUUGCGGACAAAUUAUUGCCUGGAAUUUCCCGAUAGGCCUGACAGCAGGUAAAUUGGCCCCAGCGUUGGCCACCGGUAACACCUUGGUCAUUAAGCCAGCAGAACAGACACCACUGACCGCUCUCUAUAUCGCGGCACUCGUCAAAGAGGCCGGUUUCCCGCCCGGAGUAGUCAAUGUUGUGCCCGGUUAUGGACACACAGCGGGUGCGGCACUCACUGAGCACAUGGAUGUGGACAAAAUAGCGUUCACGGGGUCGACAGAGGUGGGCAAACUCAUUCAAAUCGCCGCCGGGAAGUCCAAUAUGAAACGCGUGACUCUGGAAACGGGCGGCAAAUCACCGCUCAUUAUCUUCGAGGACGCGGACAUCGAUGAGGCCGUCGCCGUUGCCCACGAGACUGUGUUUUUAAAUCAGGGCCAGACAUGCUGUGCGUCCACUCGUCUCUACGUUCAGGACACCAUAUAUGACAAGUUUGUCCAAAAAGCGGUAGAAUUGGCCCGAAAACGAGUGGUGGGCGACCCGUACGCGGCCGACACACAACACGGUCCACAGAUUGACAACAAACAGUUUGAUAGAGUGCUUGAACUCAUUGAGUCCGGCCGUAAAGAGGGCGCCAAACUGCUUGUCGGCGGCAAACGUUGGGGUACUAAGGGUUACUUCAUUGAGCCCACAGUUUUCGGUGAUGUGUCGGAAGAGAUGCGAAUUGGAAAGGAGGAGAUCUUCGGACCCGUGCAGUCCAUCUUCAAGUUUAAGACAUUGGAGGAAGUGGUCGAGCGGUGCAAUCAUACCACGUAUGGUUUGGCUGCCGGUGCCUUCACCAAAGACAUUGAUCGGGCACUUGUGCUGACUGAGGCCCUGGAGGCCGGAUCCGUUUGGAUCAACACUUUUCUGGCGGUCGGACCUCAAACACCGUUCGGUGGUUACAAACAGUCGGGUUUGGGCAGAGAGUUGGGCGAAGAGGGUCUUCACGAGUAUCUCGAAGUGAAAUCGGUUGUUAUCAAAAAUGCUACGAAGAACUCAUAA